GAGCCGGCGCCUGCGUCUGUGAAGUGACUAGCAUGCAGAUAACCAUUCUCUGACCUGCUGCCCCUCUUCUGACAUGGCCCACCGCGGUGCGGAGAGGGACUUCCAGACUUCAGCGCGGCGCAUGGGCACCUCUUUGCUCUUCCAGCUCUCGGUGCAUGAGCGGGAACUGGACCUGGUGUUUCUGGAUCACAGCUAUGCUAAGCCGUGGAGUGCCCACCCCGAUGCCAGUAGUGCCCGCCCCACCCGCAUGCUCUUUGUUACUCCUCGGAGGCAGCACGAAAGUACCAUUGAAUCAGAUGUCCCAAUAGAUGUGGAGACAGUCAUAUCCACCCCUGUGCCGCUCUAUGACAAUCAGAAGGCACGCAGUGUGAUGAAUGAGUGUGAACGGCACGUCAUCUUCGCCAGGACCGAUGCGGAUGCCCCUCCCCCUCCAGAGGACUGGGAGGAGCAUGUCAACAGGACUGGCUGGACCCUGGCCCAGAACAAGCUAUUCAACAAGAUCCUCAAAGCCCUGCAAUCUGACCGGCUUGCCCGCUUGGCCAAUGAAGGGGCUUGUAAUGAGCCCGUGCUGCGUCGUGUUGCUGUGGACAAGUGUGCAAGGAGAGUGCGGCAGGCUCUGGCCAGUGUGAGCUGGGACACCAAGCUGAUCCAGUGGCUGCACACCACCCUGGUGGAGACCCUGAGUCUGCCCAUGCUGGCAGCCUACCUGGAUGCUCUGCAGACGCUGAAAGGGAAGAUCCCCACGUUGAUUGACCGGAUGCUUGUGUCCUCCAACACAAAGACUGGGGCUGCAGGAGCUGAGGCCUUGUCCCUGUUACUGAAGAGGCCCUGGGACCCUGCCGUGGGGGUGCUUUCUCAUAACAAACCAAGCAAACUCCCCGGCUCUCCUCUCAUCCUCAUCGCCUCCUCCGGGCCGUCCAGCUCCGUGUUCCCCACCUCACGCCGCCACCGCUUCUGGCAGUCUCAGCUGUCCUGCUUAGGCAAGGUCGUCCCCGUCGCCACCCACCUGCUGCCCGGUGGGAGUGGAGCGGGAGUGCUGCAGUGCCUGGAGCACAUGGUCGGGGCUCUGAGGAGCAAAGUGCUGGAGAUUCACAGCCAUUUCCCCCACAAGCCCAUCAUCUUGAUUGGCUGGAAUACAGGAGCUCUGGUGGCCUGUCACGUGUCGGUGAUGGAAUACGUCACUGCCGUCGUCUGCCUUGGGUUUCCUCUGCUUACCGUGGACGGCCCCAGAGGGGAUGUGGACGAUCCCCUCUUGGAUAUGAAGACUCCAGUCCUCUUUGUCAUCGGCCAGAACUCCCUGCAGUGCCACCCCGAAGCCAUGGAGGACUUCCGGGAGAAGAUUCGGGCGGAGAACAGCUUGGUGGUGGUUGGGGGAGCUGAUGACAAUCUCAGAAUAAGCAAAGCAAAGAAGAAAUCGGAAGGGUUGACGCAGAGCAUGGUGGACAGAUGCAUUCAGGACGAGAUCGUAGACUUCUUAACCGGGGUACUUACUCGUACCGAGGGGCACGUGGGCUCCGAGCCUCGGGAUCAGGAUGCCGAGAAGAAGAAGAAGCCCCGAGACGUGGCCCGCAGAGACCUGGCCUUCGAGGUCUCGGAGCGGGGCAGUCGACCUGCGUCACCAGCUGCCAAGCUGCCUGCCUCCCCCUCGGGCUCAGAGGAUCUCUCCAGUGUGUCCAGCAGCCCCACCUCCAGUCCCAAGACGAAAGUGACCACAGUGGCCUCUUCCCAGAAGUCCAGUCAGAUUGGAAGCACCCAGCUGCUGAAGAGACACGUGCAGCGGACAGAGGCUGUGCUGACCCACAGACAAGCUCAAGCUCAGUUUGCUGCUUUUCUGAAACAAAAUAUGCUGGUGAGGAAAGCUCUUCCUCCCGGCACCUCCUCCUGUCUCUUUGGCCGGUUCUUCCCACGCGGCCAUGCCGAUGCUGGUCCUGGUCAUCAGUGUCUGUCGGGCUUCUCUGGAUCGUGGAAAACUUCACCACAGCUCCAUGUCUUAGUUCCUAUUUCAUCAGAACAAACCGAGGAAGCUGAGAAAGAGGAGCUCAGGGUCCAGCUGAAGCGGCACCAUCCCUCCAGUCCCCUUGCUGGCAGUAAGACCUGCAAGCGGCCGAAGAUCAAGGUGUCCCUCAUCUCCCAAGGGGAUGCAGCUGGAGGGCCCUGUGCCCCUUCCUCAGGGGCCGCUCCAGAAGCCGCAGGAGGGAAGCCCCUCACCAUGACGUUGGGACAGGCGUCCACAGGGGCCACAGAACUCACCGGGCUUCUCGCCACAGCCAAGUCAAGUGCUUCUGAAGGGGGUGUCUCAGCCAGCCAGGCGUCCUCAGUGGUCUCCAGCAGCACCUCGCCCAGUGCCUUGCACACACUCCAGAGCCGCCUGGUGGCCCCGUCUUCUGGCAGCUCCCUCCCAGGGGCCGCGUCAGCCAGCAGCCUUCUCCAGGGCCUCAGCUUCAGCCUGCAGGACAUCAGCAGCAAGGCCUCUGGCCUCCCGGCCAGCCCCUCCCCUGGGCCAGCCCCGCAGGCCGCCAGUGUGAAGCUGCCCACCCCUGCGCAGAGCCUGGGCGCCGUCACCACGGGCACCGGCAGCAUUGUCCGCGCUGUCCCUGUGGCCACCGCCCUCUCCUCCUUGGGCGCCACUCCCGGUGGGAAGCCCACAGCCAUCCACCAGCUGCUGGCCAAUGGGGGUCUCGCUAAGUUAGCAAGCAGCCUCCCUGGCCUGGCUCAGAUCUCUAGCCAAGCAUCAGGCUUGAAGGUCCCCACCACCAUCACUCUGACCCUGCGUGGCCAGCCCAGCCGGAUCACCACGCUGAGCCCUGUGGGCACAGGAGCAGCCCCGUCAGAGGAGCCCGCCUCCCAGGCGCUGCCCUCCAGCUCACAGCGCCUGCCUCCAGCCCCCUGAGGACACUGUGCCACGUCUUCCUUUGCCAGGCUGGUGACGGCUGCUGCACGGUGAGGCCUGGGCUGCGGUGCGGUCCUGCUGAGCUGUCCAUUUGUCCAAAGACCUCUUUAACACAGUCAUUCUUGCCUCUCUGUCAGCUGUCUUCAGGGCUGGGCCUCCGGGUCUUGUGUAAUCAUGAGGCAAGGUGAUACAGCACCAGCAACGGGACCCUGUACCCCAGUCGCUACAGAUCUGAUUCCCAGAAUCUCCAGGUCCUCAGCAGACAUGGCUGGGCACGAAUCUGAGGCACUGCUUCCCUGUCAGUAGCUGUCACUUGACCCAGGAAGCGGUGUCAGACUGCUUAUUGCAUCGUGAUAAAGGAGCACCUCUUGGAAGUCUGUGCCUCCCCACGCCAAGUUAGGAGGAGGCAUAUCUGUGGUCUGGGGCUGUAGGAAUUGAGGUCAAGAUCCCUGUGCUGAGGGCAAGGAUCAUCCCGGUCCCCAGCUGGCAGCUCAGUGCCAGGGGGCUUGCUCUGUCCGUCAUUGUCCACAGUCGUGGGAGAGGUCUUUCCAGGCGGCACUCACCGUGGGAGUCCCACUGGGUACCUGGUGCCUGCGGAGGCCUGGGGACUCCACCCCCAACCCAUGAGAGGGCACAGAGAGCCGACUGUCCUCUCUGAGUCCCUUUGGCCGCUUCCAGACCUGGGGACAGCAGCUGCUGGGAGCAGAGAGCCAGCUUUUCUUUUUUCCAUCGUGUUUGGGCAGUUCUUGUAUUCCCAAGAGGACGAAGGGGACAGCAGACAGAGUGGCCUGGAGGGCCCGUCAGUGAUGAAGACGUUGUGGGCUUGAGGCUUUGCAUCUGGCACCUAAGGAACUGUGGAUGCGACCAGAGAUGAGAAUUUGCCGGGCCAGAGGAAAGAAGCCCCAGCCCCUGAAAUUUCUGUGCUCAGUGGUGGAGCAGGGACAGCUGCUAAGUGAACAUCUUGGCCAUUCGUCCCAUGAAACUCGGACAGCAGGACAACAGAUGCCGUGCUUCUGUGUUUCCGUUUCAGCUCUGUGUGUGAGUCUCGUCUUGCUCAGAAGUGGGAGGAUGAUCAGCAUUGACUCUCCUGUGCAGGGUGCUCAGUGCCAGCCUGAGUCCUGGAGGUGGAGGUCCCUGGAGAAGUGAUUACUGAGGAUGGAGCCCUGAGCCCUUCCUUACCUCCGCAUGACACUUGUGUGCAAAAGUAUUUUUAGAUUUGGUUUAGAAUCUAUCCUCCAGAGCAGGCUUCUUUCCCUGUUGUACUCUAGAAAGUUUCCAACCCAGGUGUAAGGCAUCCCACGCAUGACUCUUCCGUUAUCUGUAGGCAGGGAGGACCCACAGCGUACCAUGGCUGGACCUGUGGUGAGGGUCCUGACCUGGGGGCAGUGCGUAUCCAAAGCAAGCCACCUAUGUUCAGUCCAGGAGCCUCAGUCCAGUCUGAGUGGCAGCUGGGAGGGAGCCUGUGGUAUAGAGGAAUCUCAGACAAGGCAGACUGGGGGUCCAGGCAGGGCCCGGGGCAGUGCACACCCCAGGCGUGGAGUGGGCAGGUUAUACACUGUACCCUCCCCGACCUCCUGCUGAGCUUGUCUCCGAAGUGAUUCACACAGAAUUAGCCUGCAUCCUUGCAUUAGUGGGCAGGUAACUGCUUUCUAAAAUUCAGGCAGCAUUCAGUAAGUUGGAGGAAGAUAUGAAAUGUGAAAACAUCUGGGGUCAGGGGUGUGGUGACUUUACAGGUAAGAUCGUAACAUACCAAGAGGAACUGAGGACAGUGAGGCUGUGAGGCCUGUGUGGAGCUUUUACCAGUCACUCAGCGCAGGUUCCUGAACAACCCAUUCACAACUUAGGCGUACAUUAUAGUCAGCACUGGGGGGCUGCUCUGAAAGAUGCUGACCCCCCGUGGGCUGGGGCCAAAGGAGAGGCUGAAAAAACAUCCCGUGUUUGUCUCAGUCCUAGUAAGCUUCCCACGAAUGAUUUCCUGAGGCUUGGCUUAUACACCGGGAAGGAUGCCAAAGCUGGAGAAGGGGAAUAGUCAGAACCUUGGUUCUGCUGCACUGUGGAGGGACGGGCUAAAGGGGGAAGUAGUUGAAGUCCCUAGAAUCAUGCUCCGCAAUUCCAUACUUCUCUAGCCACAUUUCUCGAAGUGGAGAAGGAGCUUUCCUCUGCCAAUCACGUAACAGACCUAGAGUCCCUGACCUCGGAAGGUGACACUACUGGCCAAAAAUGUAGAAGGAUCCAGAGGGCUUUAGCUGAGUUCUUGGGUGACAGGUACAUGUUGAUGCUCUGUGAAAACAGUCUUUGAAGAUGAGGUCGCUGAUGGAGGAAGACCUGUCCUCAGCUCCAGCGCUGGGACAGUCCUUGGCUGGAUGGGGUAUCGAGCUGAGCUGCUGUGACAGUUCUGUUUUUCCAUUAGGCAAAACAAUUAAAAAUAAAAACAGAUUUUGGAUUGCUUCAACA